AAGCGGUGAAGUGGUUAAUGCUCUAUUGACUAACGAAAUACUGAUAUAUCUGUAUACUGUUAGUUUGUUGUAACGACUGAUUUGAAAUCGACAUGCUAUUGACAUCGUUUGAGCUUGAUUGAUUGAAAUAACUACCUCGGAUCGCCAGCUUGACUAUAGGGACUCCGCGCGGGGUAUGACGUCAUGGCGACCUAUGGGAGACUGACCACUUCUCGGCCCAAGACCACGCACCACACCUCCAGACAACGUUCUCGUGGCGGGUAUGACGAUUAUUCGAGACAGGCGGCACCGCGACCUGAGACGUCAUACAACACACACCCGCAGCAUCCACCCCGAAAGAACGGCAGCUCAUCCAGACGCACGACAUCGCGGCCAGUGACAUCCCACCACACAGACCAGGAGGCGCCCCACAGUAGCCGGAACGUCAACACCAACCACCACACGGCCUGCCUGGUCAGCUUCGACGACCAACCUUUGACCUUUGUGCAACACUCCCGUGCACGACGUCCUGACGUCUAUGACGUCCCAGAGGCGUUGCAGAAUAUCAUGAAGCUAGACGACGGGGUUAUUUCCAAACGUCUAAAGAAGAGGCUGUGUUCCGCCGGUAGAGUGUAUUGUGGAAACAACAUCCUGAAUCUCCACAAACGGAUGCAUGAGAGGCCAAGGCCAGGGUCCUCCCAGUACCAGUGGUCCUCCACCAAGUGUACGAUGUUACUACCCACCAUUGUACGGGGGCCAGCCAGGGCAAAGACAGCUGGUCCCGCCAGGAACCGGAAUAGUGACCCAGAAGGAGGGUGUCCUCGACCUUGGACAGCCGUCGAGAAGAAAAGAAACAAUUCACCCGAACCAGACACCAGAAAUACGACAGGCACGAAGGAAACGCUCAACAAAGGACAAGAAAAAGAGGGUAACGAUCGGGAAAACGCACGUAAAACCAACGCAAACGCAAACGCAAACGCCAAAGCCAACGCCAACGCCAACGCUAACGCCAACACCAACGCAAAGGCAAACGCCAAAGCCAACACCAACGCCAACGCCAAUGGCAAUGCUAACGUCAACGUCCACGUAAAUGCUAACCUCAACGCCAACCGUGAUAGCUCCUCACAGAGUAGUGACUCAUCAAGCGGGAGUGACUCCUCGAGCAGCAGCGACUCUUCAAGCAGUGAUGAGGAGCAGAGAGAAGACAGUAAAGCCAACACGCCGUCCCAAAAGAAGAAGACGGCGAACAAGCAAAGGCGAAGUGUUUCUGAGAACAAAAGCGGUCGCGAUGGAAACCAAAGAAAUGAUGGAGCUAGAUUUUCAAAACCAAGGGGACUUAACUCUGAUGAUGACUACUCCACAGACAGCUCUGAGAGCAGCCGGGACGACAAGGGGAAAUAGUUCAUGAUAAAACAUGCGCUCAAGUGCGCCGGGAGUGCACAGUACUGUUAUGACCAGUUAUUGUGGGCUUUUACUUAGCUGUAGGAUUAAUAAUAAUUAAUAAAGGGCAACAGGAACCAUCAUUGAUUAUCAAGACUAUUUCCAUUCUGCUAAGGAGAAGAUACGAUUAGUAGAGUACCGCAGCUUUAAAAACAUCCCUGCUUCCUCAAGCUUAUGAUGAUGAUGAUGAUGAUGAUGAUGAUGAUGAUGAUGCGGUCGGGUAGCCUAGCUGUUAAAGCGUUCGCUCGUUGCGCCGAAGACCCGGGGUCGAUUCCCGACAUGGGUACAUUAUGUGUGAAGCCCAUUUCUGGUGUCCCCGCCGUAAUAUUGCUGGAAUGUUGCUAAAAGCGGCAUAAAACUCACUCAGGCUUAUGAUGCAUCCUUACUUUAAGACUUUGACAAAACUUUCUUUUGCUGAAAAAUGGAAAAAUAAACCAAAAAGUGUAGUUUGCCUUUAUACUGAGUCAGUCGAAUUUGCGAGAUGCACGUGGAAAACGUUCUCUGCAACUGUUGCAAGAAUCGAGAACCCGGAGCAAGGAUAUCUAUGUUUAUAUGAUUCUUAAUAUUUCUCAUCAAACGUUUACCUGACUGCUUUAACAUAAACAUCGUUAUAGUUUACAUAAUGUAACGCAACGGUUUAAAAAUUUACUUAUAUAUUAUAUAUAAUUAGUGAUGUCAUUUGAUUGUGACGUCAUGGUAACCAGUGACGUCACAAUGGUCUGCAAAGCAUUGUGAUGUAAUUUCAUUGCAGCGAUAUCUACACUGUAGAUAUCGCUUGAUCUCAUCCAAGCGAUAUCUCCUGUGCGAGCCAGUUUUGGAUGAUAAAUAUAAUUAGACGAGGUUAAAAAUAAAGAGUCGUUUAAACAAUAGUCCUGCAACUUACGUGUUUUAAAUAAUUAUGAACACCCUGAACCCAGUCAGAGAUAGGGGCGUUGGGUGCUUAUGUGUCAAAUGGGUCCAUGGCAUUGAUACAAAUGGAAUGGAGAUGUAAAACACUGAAUAAUAGAAGAUUAAAUGCCACGGUCGUUGAUCGGAAUACAUAGUGGUUGUCAACGAAAAGGCCAAGGAUUGAUCAGGCUUUUGCAACUUUUGUUCUCGUCAGAAGGAGCCAACAAUUGCAUAGCCGAGUGUCCUGAAAAUAAUAUACUUUAAGAAACAACCAUUUGAUUUUAGAUGGGAGAAGGGGGCGAAGGAGUGUUCGUUGGUUUGCGAUGAGCAUUUUAUUUGUUAAUGUUUAGGAACUCAAUUAUAUUUUUAAUCAAAUAUAUUUAUAAAACUAGUUGUAUUCUUUGGACACUGAAAAGGGCACGUUAUUAUAGGAGUGUCAUUAGGGCCAUGGAAAAUGUGUCGACUUAUCCGAAGCUCAAGACCGCCAUGGAAAAUGUGUCGACUUAUCCGAAGCUCAAGACCGCCUGAGUGACGAUAUUAGACACUUACUCAUAAUGAUGCAUCGUCUUAACAAUAUGUUGAGUUUAAAGAAGUUCGAGUUAACAUGGUUUCACUGUAGAUAUAUUUUUGUUUAGUCUUCCCUCUUGAUUUGGUUUCGGUAGGGCAGGAUAACACUGCCAGUUUCGAGAACACCUAGUUUUAUCCCUAUUUUAAGAUUUAUUCAUCAAAAUUUGUUGAUUUGUUUGUUUAACGCCGCACUCAGCAAUAUUCCAGCUAUAUGACGGCGGUCUGUAAAUAAUCGAGUCUGGACCAGACAAUCCAGUGAUUGAUAUCAUGAGCAUCGAUCCACGCAUUUGGGAUCGAUGACAUGCAUCAACCAAGUCAGCGAACCUGACCACCCGAUCCCGUUAGUCGCCUUUUACGACAAGCAUAUUUAUUAACACGUGUUUAUGCAUAGUCGGAAUCGUAAAAUAGACGCUUCUUCAGCAGAGAUGUCUCAACAUCAUGGAACUGUUUUGUCGCUUAUUACCUGAAAAAUUCAGUUAUGCCUUUUAGAAAAAUGUAUGCACUAUGUUGCUUUCUGUUUUGCUAAUUUGUUUUCUAACGCAGGUUAUCUUGUCAUAAUUAAUGGACUGCGGCUUAAUGUACAAGACAAUAAAGAGUUUCAUUUUGAA